CUUUUUCUGACUUUUUCGGAAGAUUAUACCCCUAAAAUAGGUGUUUGAGGUUCAUUCAGCUUUAUGUGCUGAAGCUGAUAUUCGAUUUGUUGCUGAAGUAGGUCAUGGAGCGGCGAAGACUGUUUAAGGUGAUACUUUUUACAUGCCUGUUUGUAGCUUGUGCAGGCAGAGAACUUAAGAUUAAAGACGAUCAAAGUUCAGGUUAUAACAGUACUCUUGCCAAGAUACUGGUGGAGUAUACUGCCGCUGUUUACACCGCAGAUCUAACAUCACUCAUAACAUGGACCUGCUCUAGGUGUAUAGAUAUGACAGAGGGUUUUGAAGUGGUUGAGGUGGUUGUUGAUGUCCAAAACUGCCUACAGGCAUAUGUUGGUGUUGCAGAGGAUCUUAAUUCUGUUAUUGUUGUUUUUAGAGGAACCCAAGAACACAGCAUACAAAAUUGGGUUGAAGAUCUUUAUUGGAAACAACUUGAUCUCAACUAUGCCGACAUGCCUGGUUCAAUGGUGCACCAUGGAUUUUAUUCUGCUUAUCAUAACACGACCAUGCGUCCUGGGAUUUUAUAUGGUCUUCAAAAGAUCAGAGAGCUGUAUGGGGACAUGCAAAUAACCGUUGUAGGGCAUUCAAUGGGAGGGGCUAUGGCAGCCUUUUGUGCGCUUGAUCUUAAAGUCAAUUAUGGAGCACAAGAUGUUCAACUUAUGACAUUUGGACAACCUCGGAUAGGAAAUAGUGUUUUUUCAUCAUAUUUCAAGACAUAUCUACCAGAUGCCAUUAGGGUGACAAAUGGGCAUGAUAUUGUGCCUCAUCUACCACCAUACUAUCCUCUCUUCCCCCGCAAAACAUACCAUCACUUCCCCACUGAAGUAUGGCUUCAUGACAUUGGAUUAGGGAGUCUGGUGUACAAACUUGAAACAGUCUGCGACGACACCGGGGAAGACCCGUCGUGUAGCCGGUCUGUGAUAGGAAAUAGCAUUUCGGAUCAUCUUGUCUAUCUUGGAGUCAACCUGCAAGCAGAAACCUGGCGAUCUUGUGGGAUUGUAACAGACACAAACAUGAAGAAAUAUCAGUCAGACCUUUAUGGGAACUUUAUUUUGUUGAGAGAUCCAAACGCUUCAAUUCUGAAACAAAAUGCAGCAGAAGUAGAUGAUAGUAGCAGUUUGCAGGGAUCAUGAUAAAGUGAACACAAAUUGCUUUACUGAGCAAUUUAUUGGUCUCUAUGUAUCUAAGAACAAAGGAAAAUAUAAGAAAAGAAAAAUGUACAUUGUACAGAUUUAUAUGGCUAAAUCCUGGAAUAGGAGUAGUGUACAAUAUCUUCCAACUUCCAGGAAAUAGGAUUGCUGGGUAUUACUUGUUUGUACAUUGAUUGUUCAAUUGCAAUGAAAAUUAAUUGUCUUUGUGAUUUUUAA